GCAUCUCAUUACAAUUGAUUGAGCGCUCUUGCCGAUAACUUCGAUAAACAAUAAAUAAUAACAACAAUGAAAUUGUUCGUGGUCCUGGUUCUGGCUGCAGCGGCGGUGAUGGAGACGCAGGCCGUCACCUUCACAAGAUGUCAGCUGGUGCAGCAAUUAAGGAGUCAUGGCUUCCCAGAAAACAAGAUGAGAGAUUGGGUUUGCCUCGUUGAGAACGAGAGCGGGCGCAACACCAGCAAAGUGGGUACCGUUAACAAAAACGGCUCUCGCGACUACGGGCUUUUCCAGAUAAACGACAAGUACUGGUGCAGCAACACGAGCACCCCCGGCAAGGACUGCAACGUCACUUGUAACCAAUUGUUGACUGACGACAUCUCGAAAGCAGCAACAUGCGCCAAGAAGGUGUUCAAGCGCCACGGCUUCAACGCGUGGUACGGCUGGAAGAAUCACUGCCAAGGAGCUUUGCCUGACAUCAGCUCCUGUUAAACUCACCAUUAUUGUUAAAAUCCCCGUAUUAUACGAAUAAAAAUUAAGUAAUAGUAAGCGAUAUAAUGCUGCGGUGAAGUAUAAUAAGAAAAGUGCAUUUGUGACAUUUGCAAUUUUCAAGUCGAACAGCGUUAAUUCCCUUCUGGUGCACUAGCAAUUUGAAUUACAUUUUAGUACUCUAUAAAAGUAUUAAAUUAAGAUAUCUUAUAUUAAAAAAUAUUGCCGUUUAUUUGGAAUCCUAUUUCAUGUCAUUUAGUUAAUUAUGUAUUCGAUUAAAAUAAUAAA